UCAAGCAGCUUUCAUUGCAUGGUGGGAAGACCCUGAUGAGAGCUUCAGAGGAAUUCACCCUUUUCUCUUUUGUUCUACCCAAGGAAAAAUGGAUUUAAAGUUUGGUCAGCUUGUCCAGAAAUGGUUUCACUCUUCUGGGAAACGCACAGAAGGACCGGAUGAGUUCAGCAGCUUAUUACCCGAGGUUGAUACUGCCCCAGACAAAAAAGACAACGAGCAAGACUAUGGUGCCUUCCCAAGUGACAGAAACAGUUGUGAUGAUGAAAAGAGGAGCAAUUUGGUAUCUGAACAAUCACUACCCAAAGCAUUUAGGGGCUGUAUAAAGAUCCAUGAUCCUGACGUACUGCUGCUAUUCAUCAAAUAUUUAAUGUUCUUUACCAACUUUGUCUUUUCCAUACUGGGCUUUGCCUUGUUUGGCUUUGGAGUCUGGGGGCUUGUGGACAAGCAGUCCUUGAUCAGUGAUAGGAUUGGCUAUUUAGGUACUGAUCCCAUGCUCUCAUUUGUCAUGGUCGGCCUAAUUGUGAGUUUUCUGUCCGUGUCGGGUUGCCUGGGGUUUAUCAGGGAAAACAUCUACCUCCUGAGAUGUUUCUCUCUGGGUAUCAGCAUUCUGAUGGUAACACAGCUUCUUUCAGCCAUAAUCAUCUUUGCCUUCAAAGACCAGAUCAUCGGCUCUGUAAAAAACUCUCUGCUGGUUGCUCUGAGCAGGUACCACGAUGAUUCUGACUUGAAAUUCAUAAUGGAUGAAGUACAGCUUGGCAUGGAGUGUUGUGGUGUGCAGUCCUACACAGACUGGGCAGUCAGCUUGUAUUUUAACUGCAGUUCCCCAGGAGUGUAUGCCUGUGGGGUUCCCUAUUCCUGCUGCAUUGAUCCUUUUGAAAAUGGCACUGUGAUUAACUCCCAGUGUGGAGUAGGAGCAAUGCAAAUGGGAGAAACCAUGGCUGGAAGCGUUAUCUUCCUGGGUGGCUGUGUGCCGCAGAUGAUUCUCUGGCUGCAACGCAAGUUCUGGGAUAUUGCAGCAGUUUUCCUUUUAGUUAUGGUUAUUCAGCUUGUUUGUGUUGUGUGUGCCCAAAGAAUGCUGGGAGAAAUAAAGUUUAUUAAAAAGCAUAUGGAAGGAAUGAAUAUUUCAAGUCUAGUGGAACAGAGACCCAGGUAUUACAUCCAAUAGAACAAAAGCUAUAGGAAUCUUUGAAUGCUAGAUGAUUCUAAAUCCAAUGUUAAGUCACGCUUUAGUAAUAUUAAAGUCUUUGUUCACUUUA